AUGGAGGGCUUAUUUUUCAAUGUAAACAAUGGCUACAUCGAGGGCAUCAUCAGGGGCUACCGGAACAGCCUCCUUACCAGCGCCCAGUAUGCCAACAUGACACAAUGCGAGACUAUUGAUGAUCUGAAGCUCCAACUUGGCCCCGCUUACGGCGACUUCCUGGCAUCGUUGCCCCCUAACCCAUCAACAUCCGCCCUCGCGGCCAGGACAACAGACAAGCUGGUCUCCGAGUUCCGCUAUGUCCGCGCAAACGCUGUUGGCGCCAUGGCCCAGUUCAUGGACUACGUCACGUACGGCUACAUGAUUGACAACGUCGCCUUGCUCAUCACCGGCACGCUCCAUGAGCGCGACACUCGCGAGCUGCUCGACCGCUGCCAUCCGCUCGGCUGGUUCGAGACAAUGCCUGUGCUCUGCGUGGCGACAAACAUUGAGGAGCUCUACAAUAGCGUGCUGAUUGAGACGCCCCUUGCUCCAUACUUCAAGGGUAGCCUGUCGCAUCAGGACCUGGACGAGCUCAACAUCGAGAUCGUGCGCAACACCCUUUACAAGAACUAUCUCGAAGACUUCUACCGCUUCGUUAACACCCACCCAGACAUGGCCGGCACCCCAACUGCCGAGAUCAUGUCGGAGAUGCUCGAGUUCGAGGCCGACCGCCGUGCCAUUAACAUCACCCUGAACUCUUUUGGCACCGAGCUCUCUAAGGCAGACCGUAAGAAGUUGUAUCCCAACUUUGGGAAGCUGUACCCGGAGGGCACGCUGAUGCUGUCGCGUGCCGAUGACUUUGAAGGUGUGAGACUGGCGGUUGAUGGAGUUGCCGACUACAAGGCUUUCUUUGAAGCUGCCGGUCUUGGGGGUGGUCCUGGUGGUCCUGGUAACAUGGGUGGCGGCCUGAGCACAGACGGCAGGAGUCUCGAGGACAUGUUCUAUCAAAAGGAGAUGGAGAUCGCCAAGAGUGCUUUUACUCGGCAGUUCACAUAUGCUAUUGUCUAUGCUUGGGUUAAACUAAGAGAACAGGAAAUCCGCAACAUCACAUGGAUUGCUGAGUGCAUCGCACAGAAGCAGAAGGAGCGCAUCAACAACUACAUCAGUGUCUUCUAA